AUGGCCACUUCACCAAUUGACCCCAAUUUUCAGCAUACACUGGAGUUGUUAACUCAGGCCUUGUCUCGAAUCGGGCAUACCAGAGAUGCAUCCAUGGCAUAUGAGGACCAAGCUAGAAGGGUAGGGGCAGUGGAAUUUAAUGGUCAUUGUGAGCCAGCCAUGGUUGAAGAAUGGAUAGAGAAAAUGGAAAGAGUUAUGGAUGUGAUGGACGUUCCGCAGGAACGCAGAGUAGUGUUGGCUAUCUUCUUUCUUUUUAGAAAUGCAAGGUACUGGUGGAAAUCAGUAAGAAGGCGGUAUCAGGACCCAUCGACCAUCAUGUGGCAAGUUUUUCUGACUGCAUUUGAUGAGCAGUUCUAUCCUUUAGCCUAUCAAAAUAUGAAGAUGGAGGAGUUUUUUCAACUUGAACAGGGAAGUAUGACGGUGCUAGAAUAUGAAAAGAAAUUUAAUGAGUUGUCCAAGUACUGCACACCACUGGUAGCAGACGAGAGGAAGAAAUGUCAGCUGUUUACUAGGGGUUUGAAGGCAUCCAUCCGUGACAUUGUGGUGGGACAACGUCUGGUAAAUUUUGGUGAUCUUGUGAUGUCAGCUUCAUUGAUUGAGAGCAGUCAGAUGAUUAUGUACAACGGUAAUUUUAUGCCGCCGUCUGAACUUAUGUACUAUGAGUUUGAGGGCAACAAUCUUGUCUCAGCCACCAAGGAAGGUCUCAAGCUUGAUGAGAGUGAAGACGAGGCAAAGAAGAAGGAAGAGUUGAAGGAGAAGUUUGAGGGACUCUGCAAGGUUGUGAAGGAUGUUUUGGGUGACAGAGUGGAGAAGGUUGUGGUGUCUGACCAUGUGGUAGACUCUCCCUGCUAUUUGGUGACAAGCAAGUAUGGCUGGACUGCCAACAUGGAAAGAAUCAUGAAGGCUCAGGCCUUGAGGGAUAACAGGGCGGCUGGGUACAUGUCGAGCAAGAAGACCAUGGAGAUCAACCCAGAGAACCACAUCAUGGAGGAGCUGAGAAAGAGGGCUGAUGCAGACAAGAAUGACAAGUCAGUGAAGGACCUUGUUCUCCUUCUGUUUGAGACAAGAAUGACAAGUCAGUGA